UUUCUAAAACAUGUUUCAUGCCUUAUGGAUCCUGAGGUUGGUCGUGUGGUCUAUUGGAACGCGGAUUUGAUUUGCAUUACUUUAAAUUCGAGUCGUAACCAUGUCUUCAGGUAAAAAAGGAAAAAAGAAGAAGUGUAAAACUGUUGAUUUAAUGUCAUUUUUGGCUGAUGGGGGUGGAACACCCACUGUGCCAGUAAAACCAUUCAGCAGUUGGAUUGAUGAAAUGGAAGAAGAACAUGAAGGGUUUUCAUCAAGAAGUAGCAAAGAGCCAGUAGUUUUACCCACUGCUCCAAGAGCUGCAAGAGGUCCUCGUGUUGCAGAUGAGGAUAUUCCUACUAAUCCACCUUAUGUAGCAUAUCUUUCAAAUCUACCAUAUGAAGUGGAUGAAACAUAUUUAACAGAAUUUUUUGCAAAUAUGAAGAUUUCUAAUAUACGUUUGCCAAAAGAUUCUAAUAAAUUGAAAGGAUAUGGAUAUGUUGAAUUUGAAGAUCGUCAAAGUUUGAUUGAUGCUCUUUGUUUAUCUAAUACACCUAUGAAGACAAGAAGAGUACGAAUUGAUGUUUCAAAUAGUGUUAAUGAUGAUCGUCGUGGAGGUCGAAUGAGCCGUGAUAAUCGUAGAGAUACUUAUGAUGAUCCUGAACGUACAUCUGGAGACUGGAGAAGUGGUCCACGAGAUGAAAAUUUGACUUCAGAAGGAGAUUCAUAUCGAAGUCGAUAUGAUAAUAGAGAUAGAAGAGAUGAAAGUUCUGAUUAUGAUAAUAAACCUGGUGCAUGGCGUGAAAGUAGUGACAGAGGAAGACCAACAUUCAAAGAUAGAGGUGGCUUUAGAGAUGAAGAUAGGGAUAGAGAUUGGCCACGUUAUGAUAGAGAUAGUAGAGAUCGAGAUGGUGGAGAUAGAGGAAGUAGUUUUGGUCCGCGUCGUAAUUAUGGAGAUUCUGAUUGGGAUCGUGAUGGUCAACGUAGACAAGGAAAGCCUCCUACAGAAAAUAAACCUGAACCAAGGACUAGGCCGAAAUUACAACUUCAGCCUCGUACAAAACCUAUUGAUCCUAUUAUUGUAAAAGAAGAACAACAAUCUGCAGCUCAAACUGCUGCUAUACCUGCUUCAUCAACAAAUAUAUUUGGUGCUGCAAAACCUGUAGAUACCACUGCCAGAGAAAGAGAAAUAGAAGAACGUCUUGCAAAAUCGUAUGCUGAAUCAAAAUCCAAAGAAGACGGAGAUUCAGAAAAACGUGGUUCUAGAGAAGGUACUUGGGGUAAACGUAAUGGAGAGGGUCGCGAUGAAAGAGAAAGAGGUCGACAAACUUGGCGAUCGGAAGACGACAGAAGUCGACGAAAUGAAAGAUCGGCACCACGAAAUCAUCCUAUUCAUUCUGAUCAAUAUGGAGAUUCUAAAGGUCAGCCUUCUUCCCGUGGUGGACGACCAUCUUCAAGAGGUCCUCCACGAUCAAAUGAUAUUCGUGGUGGAGAUAGAGACCGAAGAGAAAAAGACGAUAUUAGUAGGAUGCCAAAGGCAAAGGAUGAGCAAGCUCCAAAUUUUGUAGCUUCCAAUAAAUAUUCUAUGCUACCUGAUGAUGUGGAUCCUGACAAUAUUGAUGAUUAGUCCUAAUCAUUAUAUAUCAUCCAUUAAAUUGUGCCACAUGCAUCAUAAUUAGUCUAUAUAUGCAUAUUAUUAAUUUGUUUUACCUCUACUAAAUACUUAUCGAAUUGAUUCACGAAUCAAACUCUAAGCUCUUGGUAUUAUUUUACAGGAAUUAUUGUUGAUUUAUAUUUAAUCUAUUUUAUUACUCGUAAUAUAAUUAUCUAUCUACAUAUGUAUUUACUUUAUAUUUCAAUAUCAAUGUUCAGCAUCAUUAAAUCGAUGUGAAAAUUCGGAUAACUUUAACGAAUUAUAUUGAUUUCUUUAAUAUUUAAUUUUGAAGAUAAUUACAUCUGUAAGACUUAGGAAUUGGGACUUUAUACAUCAUAUUUUAUUCACUGUACAGUUAUUGUACAAUAUGUAACUCAUUUACAUGUAAAAUAAUAAUGCAAAUUUAGGAGGAAAACAAUUAAAUUAAAAUAAUAAGUGUAA